CUGCAGGAGUCAGAAAAACAACACACAACUCACACGAGCUGCCUGGAAACACACAACAAACACCCCACGGUUGGUUUGUUAAUGAGUAUGAACGUGUCGCCCUCAGGAUGGAGACUUCUAUCGACCAGAUUUUAGACUCGCCCUCCAAAAACAGUUACAUUGGGAGCUAUUACCAGCCUCCAGACAGAAUAGCACCUGUACCAACACAGCUGGUGUUCUCCGCCCCCCCGGCCGUCAGCAGGGACCCCCAGAUCACCAGUCUGCAGGGGGCUCAGACCAACCCUAACAUCGACAGCAGAGCUGUUGUUGAUGCACUGAAGACCCUCCAGGAUAAAAUCAGGCGAUUGGAGCUGGAGAGGAAAGAUGCAGAGAAGAGCUACCGGCAGUUCUCACAUGAUAUUCAAAAGCAGCAGGAGGCUAAAGCAUCUUCCACAACGCCUAAUCAAGGAGCAGCCGGCCUGCUUGAGACCAAUAACUCUGGCAGGAGAGAGCUGGACUCAAAACUGCAGUCGGCAGAGGCUCGCUGUAAGAGUCUUGAGAAGCAGCUGGACUACAUGAGGAAGAUGGUGGAAAAGGCUAAGAAGGGGAGGAAAGCUGUCAUAGAGAAUCAGGCUUCACUGCAGAACGAGCAGCCGAGCAGCUCAAACACCCAAACUCAGCAGGAGAAGCUCGACAGACUCGAAUCCGAGUAUCUCAAAUUGAGUAGAACCCAAACGCUGGCGGAGAUGAAAUUUACCAUUCUGGAGCAAAGACUACUGAAAGAAGAGCAGGAGCGCAAACGUGUGCAGGAGAGAGCAGACGAGCUGCAGAGGGAACUAGACAACAGCCUUCAAUUGUCUGCACCAACUAAUGAGGAGAUUAAGCCAAAGAAAAGGACAAAAAAGACCAUCAAGAAAACCCCUAAACCAAAUGAGCUGUCAUCACCAAGCGGCCUACUGGGCAAGAAAAUGCCCUUUGUUGCAGGAACAUCAAUUAGCCCAAGCCACUCUGUCCACGCCAACGUACAGAGUAUCCUCCACAUGAUGAAGCACCACCAGCCCCAGCUGUGUGAGCGAGUGACUGCUCUACACAGGUCCGGCUGUGGAGCCAAGAAAAGCCUCCACAAGGACUUUUCUCCAUCUCCCUCCGGUUUGAAGAAGCCCGACGGACUCUCUGAGCAAACCGAUCAGCCACUCGGCUCGCUGUCAGACCUGCUGCUGGCUCUGCAGGACGAACUCGGACAGAUGAGCUUUGAGCAUCAGGAUCUGGUGCGUCAGAUCGACCAAACCCACAAUCGGGAGGAGAGGCAGGAACUGCAGAGCGAGCUGGAGAGGCUGGUGGCCAGGGUGGAGGAGAAGGGAGUUCAGAUCACGAAGCUCCGCAAGCACCAGCGGACAGUUCACAAAUUGACCCAGAGUCAGUCGUGUGCUGAGGAAUAUGUGGCCAAGAAGUCACCACCUGCUCCUUUUCUUGUUGAGGCUAAACAGAAGGGAAAGAGAGGAGGGGCAGCUCACAACAACCGGCAGCUUCUCAGAGAAACCCAGAAAUUCAGGAACUGCCUGAAACAGGACGACCUCUCCUGGGAAACGUGAGGUUCUCUGCAGGACUGUAGGCUUUGAUCUUACAGCUGGACAGACAACACCACGCCCCCUUUGGUUCCCUUAGCUUGUUUUCCUCUCUCUUCAAAUGGGCCAUUUUUAGAAACAAAUGAAAAGAGUAUGAAUAAAGAGUUUUACACAGGAUAUGAUAAUGUUUUGAUCAUAAAAUCUGCUAAGCAAUAAGCAAUUGAUUCAAAAGAAAUCUUGCACUUACGGCGUCCUUCAUAAGUAGAGGUUGUUUAUCAAUUGUGACUUUAACAGAUUAAAUGAGGAAUGGUGAAGUAUAUCUCAUCUCAAAUGAAGCUGGGUUGAUCUAUUUUAAAUGAUUGACAUUUUUAAUAAAGUUUAUUCUUUUACAGAA